AAAACUAAUUUUGUCUUACCACGAGUGGCGACUAGCGAGAGUUUUCAUCUUCAUUUUCUCAAUAUCUAAUAUUAUGGCUAUAAGUUUAUUGAAUCCCAAAGCCGAAGUGGCUCGUGCUGCCCAAGCAUUAGCUGUAAACAUUUCCGCUGCCAAGGGUAUUCAGGAUGUGAUGAAAUCCAAUUUGGGGCCCAAAGGAACCGUCAAAAUGUUGGUAUCUGGUGCAGGCGACAUAAAAAUCACCAAAGACGGCAACGUCCUCUUGCACGAGAUGCAGAUUCAACACCCCACCGCCUCCCUGAUUGCGCGCGCAUCCACCGCCCAAGAUGACAUGACUGGGGACGGCACCACCUCCACCGUCUUGGUCAUCGGGGAGCUGCUUAAGCAAGCCGACAUCUACAUAGCCGAGGGGCUGCAUCCGAGGAUUCUGGCUGAGGGCUUCGAUAAGGCGAGGGCGAAGGCUCUGGAAGUGCUGGACAAGAUGAAAAUCGGCAUCGAGGUCGAGAAGAAGAGCUUGACUGAUGUGGCAAGGACGAGUUUGAGGACUAAGGUGCACCAGAAACUGGCCGACGUCCUCACCGAUGUUUGCGUCGACGCCGUCCUCGCGAUCAAGCAGGCCGACAAGCCGGUCGACCUGCACAUGGUCGAGCUGAUGGAGAUGCAGCACAAAACAGAGACCGACACGCAGCUGAUCAAAGGCCUGGUUUUGGACCAUGGUUCUCGUCAUCCGGACAUGCCGAAGAGCCUGAAGAACUGCUACAUCUUGACGUGCAACGUCAGCAUGGAGUACGAGAAAAGCGAGGUGAAUUCCGGUUUCUUCUACAAGACUGCCGAAGAAAGAGAGAAGAUGGUGUCUGCGGAGAGAGAGUUCAUCGAGCAGCGGGUGAAGAAGGUGAUCGCUUUGAAGCAGGCCCUGUGCAAAGGUACCAACAAGUCUUUCGUGGUGAUCAACCAGAAGGGCAUCGACCCGAUGAGCCUGGACAUGCUGGCCAAAGAGGGCAUCAUCGCGUUGCGCAGGGCUAAAAGGCGCAACAUGGAGCGUCUCGCUUUGGCGUGCGGCGGCGUGGCUAUGAACAGCCUCGACGACCUGCACGAGUCGCAGCUGGGGUAUGCCGGACACGUAUACGAGCACGUCUUGGGAGAAAACAAGUACACUUUCGUGGAGGAGUGCAAAGUCCCUCAGUCCGUCACCAUUCUGAUGAAGGGCCCUAACAAGUACACUCUGGUGCAAAUCAAGGACGCGAUCAGAGACGGCUUGAGGGCAAUCAAUAAUGCCAUUGAAGAUAAGGCAGUUAUCCCAGGCGCCGGCGCGUUCGAGGUGACAGCCAACAAGGAAUUGUUGGCCUACAAGGACACGGUGAAAGGGAAGGUGCGUCUCGGGGUGGCCGCUUACGCCGAAGCCCUGCUGGUAAUACCGAAAACGUUGGCCGUCAAUUCAGGAUUCGACGCUCAGGACACCAUCGUGAAACUCCAAGAGGAAUCCCGCCUCAGUCCCGAUCCGAUUGGCCUCGACCUGACCUCGGGGGAGGCCGUCAACCCCAAAGACGCCGGCAUCUUCGACAACUACAUCGUCAAGCGGCAAAUCAUCAACUCUUGCUCCGUCAUAGCCAGCAACCUGUUGCUCGUGGAUGAAAUCAUGAGGGCGGGAAUGAGCAGUUUGAAGGGCUGAAAGGGAGGAAUUUCCAUUCACGUUAACGCUUAUUAAUUUAUCUCCUUUUUUGUCUGCUGAAGUUCGUGUUUUGCGUUCUUGAACUUACUCGUCUAAUGAUUUAUAAAAGUUUGCUUGAUUACUAUCGAAAUCGAAUUUAAACUCAACCACUUCUAAUAAAUUUUGUAUUUC